AUUUUUACGACGAAUCUGCUGCCAAAGCCAACAAUUAUAUUGUGACACAUAAGGGACAUUGUGGCUCUUGUUCGUAUCUACAAGAUCUUGGAGUAUAUUUAAGGACUAAUCUCACAGCAGAAACACGAAAUUGUGCAUUCUUGGGAAUAGCGCAUCCGGAUCUUAUGCGGAAUUGUCUUUUGGAUCUAGGGUUUACACUGCCUUGUAUUACAAUCUGGGAAUGGAAUAUGUACAAUACGAGAAGACUCUGCUUGAAGCCCUGCCUGUGGAACAUGCUGAUACAGGAACCUAAUAACAGGGCGGAUGGUUCCUUGAAUACGUGUUUGCAAUGUGAUGAGAACAAUUCUGUUCCUAUAUUCAAAUACUACUGCGGAAGAACUAGGCGUUCUUCAGGAAUAACAAGUGCAAUCAAGCGGCCGGCUGGUUCAAUAUACAAAAUGGAGCAUUGUUAUUGGUAUGGACCUCUUCAGAGUCGGUACUAUGGCUAAUAGGUUUACAGACAAAGAAGUUAGUUAUUUACCGCUAGAGGUCUCUAGUUGUUAAACAAAACUUUAAGACUAGGUUGCUCCAUGCUAAUUUUAAAUCUUAGAUUUUAUAAGUUCCUGGUUAGCGGAAACAAGAUGUCAGUAUUCAAAGCUUUAGAAACUGAUGGACAGAAAAAAAUAUUUAUUUAUUUUCUUCCAUAUUUUCUUUAGUUUUUGUUUUAAUUGGAUUAGAAAUUAAAAAGUAGAAUACCAAUUUAAAUACAACCUAACUAGUCAUCAUUUCUCUGUGUCAUGUCACAAUCUAGCUCAUAUUCUAUGUAAUUGCCAUGAAAUGCGCAAAUUUCAUUCUUAAAUUAUGUACAAUGUACAUAAACUUCUCUCAUUCAGUGUACAUAUUUGUAAAUACAUAAUUUCAAGUAACCCUAGUUGUCAAAAUGAUAAUCAAAAAUUGUUAAUAUCCAAAUGUUCUUAGACUGAAAUAUAUAUGUUGUAAUAGA